CAAAACAACGUGUCAGCAAAAAAGAAUGAAGCUUUCGGCACUAAUAACAGUCGCAUCGAUAGUCCUAGCCUUUCAAAUGAUCCUUGUUCUCAUCAUUUCGGUUUGAAAGCUUCGGAUUCUUUUCUGGCUUUCUGGGUAUGUCUCUCGUUUUUCAUUCGUCCUUCUUUUCAAGGAUUGUCUCCGGCUUACCAUUAUUAUUGAAUGGAUUCAAGUUUUAGAAUAGCAAAGUGGCUACAGGGACCGAAUACCCACCUUUUCUUUCCAUGUUAGAAGAAGGUUACAGCAAAGGGACUGCCAACCCAAUGAGAGAUGAUAAGUCGGAAACUAUUGAGAGCAUAAAAGUAGUGAACACGGGAAAACCUCCUCGGCACCUCCCACCAAUACGGCACUGCAUGAGUUCAGCUCAAUUGUCAUCUGCUGCUGAUUUGGAGUUGGAUAUUGGGAUGGUCAGCACAAAGUCACCAUCAGAUGGAAAUACCAUGUUUGAACCUGUUUUUCGUUCUGGAAGCUGUUCGGAGAUUGGACCAAAACCAUAUAUGGAGGAUGAGCACAUCUGUAUAGAUAAUCUUCUUGAACAUCUAGGUCCAAUUGAACACUGUUCUUCUCCUGGAGCUUUCUAUGGGGUCUUUGAUGGCCAUGGGGGUGUAGAUGCAGCUUUGUUUAUCAGAGAGAACAUUCUUCAAUUUAUUCUUGAGGACUCUCAUUUCCCCAUUUGUGUAAAGAACGCCAUUAAGAGUGCUUUUCAGAGAGCUGACCACGCUUUUGCUGAUGCUGAUUCUCUUGAUAGUUCCUCUGGCACCACCGCCCUGACUGCCCUUAUUUUUGGAAGGGUGAUGCUAAUUGCCAAUGCAGGGGAUUGUCGAGCUGUGCUGGGGAAACGAGGUAAGGCAAUUGAGCUGUCCAAAGACCACAAACCUGAUUGCUCCUCUGAGAGACUAAGAAUCGAGAAACUUGGUGGUGUGGUAUACGAUGGCUACCUUAGUGGUCAAUUAUCAGUGGCACGUGCCCUUGGAGAUUGGCACAUGAAAGGUCCCAAAGGUUCAUCAUGUCCCUUGAGUGCAGAGCCAGAGCUUCAGGAGAUGGUCCUGAGUGAGGAAGAUGAGUUCUUGAUACUAGCCUGUGAUGGCCUGUGGGAUGUGAUGAGCAGCCAAUGUGCUGUUACAAUUGCAAGGAAGGAGUUGAUCCUUCAUAAUGAUCCUGAGAGAUGCUCAAGGGAGCUGGUUAGAGAGGCACUCAAGCGCAAUACGUGUGACAACCUGACAGUUGUUAUUGUAUGUUUCUCUCCAGAUCCACCACCUCGGCUUGAGAUCCCAAAAUUUCAACUCAAGAGGUGUAUAUCGGCAGAAGGUCUAGACCUUCUCCAACAGGUAUUGGACCGUAAUGUAUGAUUAGAUUUGAUUAAGCCUACGAUAAUGAUGUGCUAUGAACACCCAAACAUGGCUUGCGUUUGAUUUAGCUUAUGACUGGUUUAAGAACAUUGAUCACGAUGUGUACUCUGCUCAAGUGAUUAUAAUACUUUUGUCCUAGACGGUAA